CGCGGAAUCGGGAUUUCAAUAUGGCUACCGUCGUGAUGUCUGCAGAAGCCAGUAUCGCGGAAAUGUUUUGAAUUCGUUUAGUAAUCGUGACGACAGAUUGACGUGCGAGGCAUAGGUACGUCUGCUGCACGGCACAAAUUUUCUUGUGCUUAAAGGCAUUCGUAGAAUAGUAGGCUUAGUUAGAUCUUAAAUUGUCCUUUGUAAUUGGGUCUCGACAGACGUUUUGAAUAGCGAUGGGGAAACAAAAUAGCAAAUUAAAGCCCGAAGUGUUAGAAGAUCUUAAACAAAAUACAGAAUUUUCAGAUGCCGAAAUUCAAGAAUGGUACAAAGGAUUUUUGAAAGAUUGUCCGAGUGGACAUUUAAGCGUGGAAGAAUUUAAAAAAAUUUAUGGAAACUUUUUUCCUUACGGUGAUGCCUCAAAAUUUGCAGAGCACGUGUUUAGAACGUUCGAUGCAAAUGGCGACGGUACGAUCGAUUUUCGAGAAUUUCUCUGCGCCCUAAGCGUGACGUCCCGAGGAAAAUUGGAACAGAAAUUGAAGUGGGCCUUCAGUAUGUACGACCUCGACGGUAACGGAUAUAUCUCCCGACAAGAGAUGCUUGAGAUCGUGACGGCAAUAUACAAGAUGGUAGGGUCCGUGAUGAAAAUGCCAGAGGACGAGUCCACCCCGGAGAAGAGAACCGACAAAAUCUUUCGUCAAAUGGACAAGAAUAAGGACGGCAAAUUGUCACUCGAUGAAUUUAUCGAAGGUGCUAAGAGUGAUCCCUCGAUCGUGCGACUGUUGCAGUGCGAUCCUAGUGCACAAGCUCAGUGAGACCCUGGGUCCGUGUGCGUUUCAAAUGCCAUCUGUAAAUACGAAUCGGGGCCCGGCCCAAUCAUAGCCCGGUUAGAGGCGAUGCAAUCAUAGAAGGGAGUCAUAGGAAUAGAGGAAGCUGUCAAAACGAACACACACAGAGACACAGUCCUCCUUUACACCUACAACCAUAUAUCGAUACACUGACGAUUACGAGAAAUAACGAAACUAGAAUGAUAAAGAAAAGAGGAAAAAAAAGAAAAAAAUAGAAAAAGAAAGAAAUGAUAGAAGUUUAUUUAAACUUGAUAUCGUUAAACGUUAUUAACGUCAUUUACGUAUGCAUACAAUUAUCCCGUUACAACCACCACCAGUAUAUCACAAUCACCACAACUAUUAUACCAACAACAACCACAAACAUGUGGCGAGCAUUCAAAACUCUGCAAGAAGAGACUUCAAUUAUACAUACUACAUAUGUGGACACACAGAGAAAAAAAAAGAAAAAAAAA